AUGGAAGACAUCCAUGGGGUUGACGUCUCAUGGGUGCAUCAUUCGAACAAAGGGCCACAUCAGCGACAGCGCGCACAUUCUUCGCCCGGCCUAUCCAAGGAUGUACCGCCGAAGACCUCAUCUCAUGGCGGCUUGCCCUCUCCGCCACCCGAACUAUCACCACCGGAGUCACCCUCUCAAACGAUACCAGAGCCUCCAGAUGAACUCACAACUUCAUCUACCACACCUCCAAUGCCUGUCCCACUAGGAGGCUUGAAAUUGCAGGGCAAAAGACCAGGCAUGUUGUAUCGCAACAGUUCGGACAAAGAAAAGAACACGUCGCUGCCGCAUGAUAAGUCGCCGAAACGUCCUUCAUGGAUCUCGAGUAUCAGCUCCAAGUUCUCUCAGACGUCUGUUCCCCAGAGCGAUCAAUUGAAUGUUGCAUCGUCAAGUGUUCAGACAACGGCCAGCUCAAACACAACCGGCAAAGUACAAGAAGCCUCAGAAGAAGUUGAUUCCAGUCCUCAGCAAUCACCAAAGUCCGGGGGAGCUUCGUUCUUUACAAGUGCGCUGAGACGGUUGUCUUCUGGGACACCUAUAACUGGAGCUGGCAAGGCCGUGCCUAAUGGCGGAGUUUGUCCUCGUCGAGUCCUCAACGUCGAUCCGAAUCGAGAGAGAUGUGUAAUGCCGGAGCUUAACAAUGCCAAGCUGAGAAAAGUCGCGUUUUGUGUAGACGUUGAAAUUGCGGGUGGCCCGCGCUACAAGGAUGAAGAGGAAGAGCUUGGUAGAAAGAAGAAAUUCAAUGAGAAAAAAUCGAAGGAUUCUGGCGAGGGAGAAGCUCUGAAAGACCCCGGAAAUAUGGUAGAGAAGAAGGAUGCGUAUAUAGCGGAACACGAAAAGAAUGCAGCUGCAACUACCCUUCAGCCUUCAGCUGCUCAGCAAGUUCCCCACGCGACCGAGGACAAGAAAGAUGGGAACAAGAAGAAGGAGAAGAAAAAACGCUCAGAAGCUGAACGUAAGGAGAGGAAGGAAAAGAAACGUCGUAAGGCGGAGGAGAAUGGACAGAUACCCAUGGAAAUCAACCAGGAAGAUUCAAGUGGAACCUCAACACCCGCCGGUACAGCACCUGCUCGACCUCAGUCACGGCCUACUACCGAUCCACUAAGAAUAUACCGUCGCUGCUGCCAGCUUAGAGAAACCCCGAUCUUGAAGAGAAUUACCGAACAACUUGCUCAGCCGUCCACCUGUCCGAUUGAAACACCUGGAAUCGUCUCCUGCCUGGACCUGACAGGAUCGAGACUGCAACUAGCUGAUGUUUUUACUCUCAGUGACUGGUUGGCCAUAGUCCCAGUUAAAAGACUUCUCCUCGAAGACGCCGAUCUGGGUGAUGAGGCUGUUCGUGUGAUUCUAGCAGGUCUUCUAGCAGCGCGACAUCCGGAAUAUCCUAGGCGCAAAAUUGGAAGCUCUUCGCGAGACAACUCUAUACGGUCGACGUUGGGAGGAUACCAAGAGCGGUCAGGAUUCGUUGAGAAGAUCAGCUUGAAGAACAACCCCAAAGUCGGCAAAGAGGGCUGGAAGCAUAUUAGUCUUUUCAUCUACAUGUGCAGAUCUCUCCGGGCGCUCGAUGUCUCCAUGAUUCCCUUUGGCCGUGAACGUCCGAAAAAGAAUAACGCUCCCGGAAAGCGUGCUUCAAUGGAGUUUCACGCCUCCCACUCAGAACUGGCUGACAUAUUCUCGAAGGCUAUCUCUGAACGACUGGGUGGUUCAAGAUUUGAGGAAUUGAUCAUGGCUGAAUGUUCCUUAGACACAGAGGACGUUAGGAAGAUAGUCGACGCGAUCACCUGGAGUGGCCUCAAGCGAUUAAGUCUUGCUAGCAACAACCUUAGCGAUGCUGCUCUUGAAUACGUAUGUCGAUACAUACGUUCAGGAGUUCCUGAUGGGCUUGAUUUGGGGGGUAAUGACAUGUCAAACCGCCUAGACCACCUUUGUUCCGCUUUCACCGGAUCUUGUCAAAUCUGGGCACUCAGUCUUGCGGAUUGCAAUCUGAUGCCAGAUUCACUCAGACCGCUCUUCCAAUCUUUAAUCACCUUACCCAACGUGCGAUUCUUGGACUUGUCCCACAACCGCAAGCUUUUCUCGCAAGACCCAAGCGCUCUCACGAUAUUGCGCAAGUAUCUUCCACAAUUCACUACGCUUAAAAGAAUCCAUCUGAACGAUUGUUCGAUGAAGCCGGCGCAGGCUAUUGGGCUUGCAGAAAUAAUCUCAGAAGUUCCUCAUCUCGCUCACAUAAGUCUUCUCGAGAAUCCACAACUGUCAGCUCUAGCCAAGGCAACAGACGAAGCUGGUCAGGAAGAAGCUUGUGCCCUUUACGCGUCACUGAUGUGCGCUGCUAGAGUCUCGAGCUCCGUCAUAUGUAUUGACAUUGACGUCCCUGCGCAAGAAUCAAGUGAAAUCGUUAAGGCUCUGGCAAAACAGGUUGUGGCUCACUGUUUACGCAACAUGGAGUCAUGGACUGCGGCGGAUGCUGCCCAAGCUGGCGAGCAGGGCUUAUCUCUGGAAGGUGUCAAGGAUACGCUCUCUGAUAGGCAAGUCGAAAUCCCUGAAGUCCUGCUUCAUCUCGUCGGUAAUGCUGAAGGCGGUGACUACGAUACUGCACCAGACGAUGACUACAUCGUAGGUGGUACUGGUGUUGUGAAGGCGCUCAGUUACUGUCUUCUUGAGAAAGCCUCGGACUCGCGGCGGUCUUCAGUACCAGUCAGCGGCACAGCUUCACCGAAGAAUGCAAUCGAGCAGCGUACAGGAGGUGUCAAGGCAAAGAAUAUGUCCAGAGAUCUUCUCGGCAGUGCACGAAAGAUUCGAGAACGUAUACAACCCGCCAUAGUUCGAGAAAGUAAAGGCACUGACGAGAUGGCUUACAAACGCCUACUAUUCCUCGACCAGACGCUCCAAGGCAUUAUAAGACGCUUCGAGACCGAAUACCCCGACACGCGCAUCGAACAUGAUACUCCGCCUGACCCUGACACUGCAUCCGAGAAGUCGUCUCCUCCAUCUUCACUCGCUGAGUCCGCCGCCAAAGAGCUUUCCGUUAAUACAGAAGCUACCACAUACGAAUCCGAGUCAGAUGAUGGCCGUGUAGCAUCACCCGCCCUCCUAUCACGCCACAAUUCUGACGUCUCAUUCGCAUCGCGGGCUCUCGGUAAAGAAGAGGGUCACAUCCACCGCCUGAGUCAGAAGGUCCGGCGCGACAUUCUGAAGAACUCCUCACCCUCACAGCCACUUCCAGGCGAAGCCGGUGGAUAUGAGCCAGCCCAUAUAUCUGCUCUGCGGGCCAAGUUUGCUCAAAUUCCUGGCGAUGAGUUGCUCCGUGGUAUACAAAAGGAGGGUUGGGACGCUACAUUCAAGCGUAUGGGCGAGAAUGCGGAAGAGCUCAGACGCCUACAGGAGGAGAACCCAGAAGACUUCCAAGCGUUCAAGGAGGCACAGCUUGCGGCGCUGGAGAACGUUGGCCAUCAAGACGCGGAGGCUGUGAGGCAAGGUGGUAGCAACGUUGCUGUCAAAGACUGA